AUGCCACGCGCAGCGACUGCAAAGCGUGCCAAGUCAGGUGCCGCAUCUACCACAACCACAAUAUCCUUCGACGCGUCUUGCUCUGCCCCGUUCGCCUUCGCUCCGAAUAUCACCCCUGGGUCGUACAACGAUCCGCAGCCUUCCUUCGAAUCGGUCUUCGAUUCAUCGCUCUUCCCCUCCUGCGAUGUGCCACCUCGUAAAGUUACCCAUUCGAGGAAGAAGCCGGAGGAUCACGUCCCUCGCCCGCCCAACGCGUUCAUUCUCUUCCGAUCGUCGUUCGUCAAAAGUGAUCACGUCUCCGCGAGUAAGCAGAUCUGGUUCGACAAGGCCAAGGCGCUGCUCGAGGCACACAAGCAGAAGUAUCCUGGGUACUCCUUCCGACCGUCGUCAAAGCAUAGCACGCCGUACCCGAGGACGAAGAGAAAGGUGCGGGAGGUGGGCCCAAAGGAUACGAAGCGAUGCGAGAAGAUCGCCGAGCUGCUGGUGAAGGGGAAGAAGGGCGCGGAGCUUGACGAGGCUGUCAACGAGUUCGAUUGCAACCACGUCCCCGAGAUCGUCACACGAUUCGAUGCCCCGGUCACGGCGCGCCACUUCCGGCGAUCGUCGUCCGCCCCUGCCGACGAACGUCCCACUCGCCCUUCCUCCAUUCGGUUCCGCCACCUGCGAACAAGCUCCGCGCGGUCACUCGUCGAUGCCCAGCACGCCGGGCUUCGUCACGCCUUCCCUGAUGGGCGAUACGAGUCUAUGAGCGAAUACAGCGCACCUUCCUCUCCUUUCGCGGAAACCUCACACGAGUAUGCGAUGCCCGCACCAAACCCCGACAUGGGCUUCGAAUCAUUUUCCUUUAACGCUUGCGCUGCGCCAUCGCCGGUCGAUUCCUGCGACCCGUUGUCGAGUCCGGCGUACGCGGAACAGCAGCUCGAUAUCUUCGCGCCGCAGCCACAGGUUGCGUAUACGAUGCAGCAGCUCGACUUCCACCCUUCCGACGGCCUGCGCAUCGACACGAACGUCGCAGGCGACUGGGCUGGACCUUCCUCGACGCCGAUGUCGAGUUCUCCCUGCACCCCCAGCCCUUACCCGUCCGAGUACAUGCCCGCCGAACCGACGUACUACGGCGGGCAAGUCGCAGUCGCGGGCCAGCUCGACGAGCUGCAAGGUCUGCCGGUUGAGAUGUUCCAAAACGAUGCCGUCCAGGAGCAGUGGAUCCAACCUACGGAGGGUUACUACUAUGCGCCGAUGUACGCUCCUGCGGCCGACCACAGCGCGGUCUAUCAGAAAUACGCGGAUAUCCCGGAUGCGGUAUACCACCAGGAGCACCUCUUCGCCGUCCCGCAUUCCUAUCCUGUCCACCAUCAAUGA